AUGAAGUCCGCCUCGGUGUUCCUUGCUUUGCUUCUUGCUCCAGGCGCAGCUAUCACCACCCGAACGGAUGGUGGGAACGGUGGGAACCCUAUCCGCAAGGUCAUCACCAUGAUGGAGAAAAUGUCUCAGAAGAUCGAAUCUGAGGCGGAGAAAGAGUCCGAUCUCUACGACAAGUUCGACUGCUACUGCAAAGGCACCAUCAAGGAGCUGGAAGAGAACAUCAUGCAGGCGGAGACCAACCCCAUUUCUCCGGCCGACAUCGAGAAGAAGGAGGCUGAGAUUGUCGCACUGGAGCAGGAUGUGCAGAAACUCAAGGACGAUCGCAUCGCAGAGGAGGAAUCGCUAAAGGCGGCCACGUCGCAGCGUGGAAAAGAGCACGAACAUUAUGUGGAUGAGCUGACUGAGGAGACGGAGGUGGUUCAGAGCGUGGACACCGCCACGGCGGCCCUGAGCGGACCUCCCGGCAUGGCUUCGGCAUUCCUUCAAAAGGCCAAGGGAUCCAAAUCCGUCUCGAAAAUGCUGCGUGCCGUGGAGCGUGCCAGCCGCGUGGAUACGGAGGCGAAGCAGAAGGUGACGGCUUUUCUCAGUGGCCAGAGCAGUGCGGCAGAUCCCGGCUAUGUCGUGGGAAUGCUCUCCGAAAUCAAGGACACGGCCAUGGAAGAUAUCAAGGUGGAAAACGAGACCGAGGACACGUCAGUGGAAGCUUACGGAGAGGUGAAGACGGCCAAGAAGACUGAAAUCUCGUCCCUCCUGAACCAGUUCGAGAGGAAGAUGAAGAACAUCGGUGAGAUGAAGCUGGAAGUCGUUAACAUGAAGCAUGAGCUGGGCGAGAUGGGUGAGUCCAUCGAGGAUGACAAGAAGAUGUUGGCAGAGCUGAAGAAGAGCUGCAGCCAGAAGGCCUCCGACUGGGAGGCAGAUUUCGGCAAAGUCGUGGACAAGAUCGAGGGCAUGGUCGAGCUUUUGGCCAACGAGUCCGCUGACGAUGCCUCCAAGCAAGCCUACUGCAAGAAGGAGUUCCGCGAAGUGGCCGCAAAGUCCAAGUCCCUGGACUCCAAGAUCAAAUCGCUCACUGCCAGCGUGAAGGAGUGGGGAGAGAAGAAGUCCGCGAUUGCCAAGCUCGCCGGUGACAUUACUGCCCUGCAGGCGGGAGUCAAGUCUUUGGACGAGUCCGUGGCAAAGGCUGGCGAGAACAGGAAGGCUGAGCACAUCGAGUACCAGGAGAGAAUGUCCUCCAACUCGGCCUCUCUGGACUUGCUGACGCUCGCCCGAGAUCGCAUGAACAAGGUCUACAACCCCACGAUGGUCACGGAGACGACCACCAAGAGCCCAUAUGCGCUCUCCUUCUUCCAGCGGACCUCAAGGAAAGUGCAGCAGCCUCCUCCUACUUUCGAGGGUGCCUACGAAAAGAAGGGCGAGGAAAGCAACGGCGUCCUGAAGAUGAUCGACACGCUGUCCAGCGACAUCGAGAAGGAAAUGGCCGUCGCCAAGACUGAGGAAGAGGAUGCCCAGGAGGACUACCAGGAGACGAUUGCCGAUGCUGCCAAGAAGCGCGAGGCAGACAUGGCUCUCGCUGCUUCGAAGGCCCAGGACAAAGCCGACCUCGAGGGUGACCUCAACGACGAUAAGAGAGAGAAGGCAGGCACGACGCAGGAGUCUGCAGCAGCUGCGAAGUACACUUCCGAGCUCCACAGCGAGUGUGACUGGCUCCUGGAGCAUUUCGACCUGCGAGAGCAAGCGCGCACCGAAGAGAAGGCGUGGCUAUUGAUGCCUUGGCGCAGAAAGGGGCAGAUGACACGAGCUGCACGGCGAAUGCUAUCGCCCUCGUUGCCGACCUGGCAGAGGGUUUGUCGAAUGCAGCCCAAACUUCAAACUCUGCUGCGGUGCUUGCCGGACGUGUCGCUUAGUCCUGAAGUUGAUUGCCUGGUCACAAUGCCUGCCUACUUCACAUCUAUCUCGCAGAUGGUUGCAGAUGCCUCGGGAGAUGUGCCUGACUGUGACCUGGCCCGAAGCUCGAGGAAUGAGCUUGGCAUUUGCGCGAUGUCCAGCAUGCAGGUUUUCAACGACGACCCAUCCCAUGCAAUCAACAUUUGGUCGGCCGUGGUGGUAGGGCUGGACAAGGAGUGUGAGUACGCAGCGAAGGUAUGUGUUCGCGAUGCACUGGGCCGGGUUGGAAGCUGCGUGAAGCUGGCCACAGACCUGGCCCCCAUCCUCGCCCCAAGUCAUGGGGAGACCUACAAGAUUCGAGUUGCCUGGUGA